AUGGAACCGGAGCCGACCAUUAGCGCUCUCCUUGAGGCUAUCCAAGCCCUCUCCUCCCAAGUUGGGUCCCUCCAGGACCAAGUCAAGUCCCAGGGCAAGCAAAUCACCCAGCUUGCUGCCCUAUGCAAGGAAACCAACGACCUCGUUGGGGAUUCAGCCCAGGGUAGAACCCAAACCAAGCCUGGCCCAGCGACUGGGCCUACCACUCCCCCUACCCAUACAGGGGGAGAAGCCAACACUCCAGGCACGGUUAGGCCUGGACUCAAAGCCCCUUUCAGGCCAUCUAGGGGGACAGGAUUUGACUCAGAAGAGGAAGAAGAGCCAAGGCGCCCCAAAAAGGAGCCUCAGGGAACGCCUGCAAGGCAUCUAGGAUCCCUUACCCCCUUUGACGCCGGUUCCAGCGUGAAACGGCCCAAAAUGGACCUCCCAGACCCUUAUAAGGGUGACACUAGGGGACGCAAGGCCACACAAUGGCUUGAUUGA